CCAGCCAACCGGAAACACUCCAAGUUCAGACCAGACCCCGACGUUGACCCAAUGUUUACAGCACAUAACGAGGACUACUGGAAGAGUGGCUGGUCCAGGGGGCACAUGGCACCAGCGGGGGACAACAAGUUUAGUCAGGAAGCCAUGAACGAUACAUUCCUGCUGUCCAAUAUCGUCCCACAGAACCUGGACAACAAUGCAGGGUUCUGGAACAGGUUUGAGAUGUACUGCCGGGACCUGGCUAGCAGGUUUGAGGAUGUGUACGUGCUGUCCGGUCCGCUCUAUCUGCCCACUCAGGACGGUCAACAGAAAGUGGUCAAGUACCCAGUGAUAGGAGGGAGUGAAGUAGCCGUCCCCACUCAUCUGUAUAAAGUAGUUGUUGCAGAGCGAUUCAACACACCAACUUCUAUCGCUGCUUUUGUCGUUCCAAACCAACGAAUCGGCUACCAGAACCUUACAGACUUUCAGGUUCCGAUUAAAGAUUUAGAAAAGUCUGCAGGUUUCAGUAUUUACCCUCAGCUGGAUCGGAGCAAGACUAAGAAUCUGUGUGAGCUAGAUUCGUGUAAACUGCUCGGCAAGAAUGAGUUUGAACUGUACUUUAUUGGCAGAAAACUGCAGAGCGCUCGAACUCUAGAGAGAGCAGAAAAAGUGUGGAAAGAACUAGAGGAGAAAAACUUGAAACCGGACCAAUAUCUUGUAGACUUGUAUGCUAAGAAAAAGGAAGAACUUUCAGCAAAACCGAGUGAGGAAUAAUGGAAUAUGUUAGUGAUACAGAGGGUUGACUAGUAUGUUCUUAUAUAGUGCAACGUUUAUACAUCUUAUGUUUAAAUGCAGACUUAACCAAGAUUGAAUAAUUAUGUGGUAGAUAAAUUUCAGAAAUGGUUAAUGUAUUCCUAAACAUUUA